GAGUCAAUCCUUAGACUACAUGUUUGCAUUCAUUUUCCAUGCCUUGGUUACUUAAGGCCUAUUAUUUUAUUUAAAUUUUACAUUAUUAUGUAGGCUGUUUGGAUUUAUUUUGUGUUUGUGUGUGAGAGUGAGAGAGCGAGACAGAUUUAAAAAGAAACGUUUUUGCCUUUGAGAACUCUUGGUUUAAUCGAAUCAGUGGGGACCAUGGAUGUAUAAUAAGAACUGGAUACGGCUCCGCCGCUCAGCCUUGCAGCCAAUUUUUUCCAGUGGCCACUCGCAGUAUUGCAGUGAAAUCCCCCUGCGGCCCAAAAAGCAUUUUCCCCAUAGGCCACCAUCAUAAAAGAGACGUCUGUAAAACUGUCGACAGAACACCUCAAACUGCAAACAACGUCAAUUAUGACUCUUUCUGUUAUGGAUUUUUGAUCCAUGGAGGUUUUAUAUUUGUAAAACUUUCCUCAAGCCGAGAAAAGCGAUUUAAAAAUCUGUGACGUCACCACAAUCUAAAGUGUAUGGGCCGAGUGGGAACUCGCGGGUGGAGCCAGCGGGAGAAACAGUACUGUGCCUAUCCAGUGGGCCGGAUACCCCGGAAGUAAACCCAGAUGCUAGAAAACUUAUCUGGCGACAUGGAGGGAAGUUAACCUUUGUUCAUUUGCAUAUACUACCACAUUGUAAUGACAAAGCUGGUUGAAAAUCUGCAAAGUUUCCCUUUAAGGGAAUGCAUCUGAAGUUGUGAUCACAGCAUCACUGUAUUUGCAGUCUUAGAAUACAGUUGGCAGACCUGCAUCAAAUCAAUGGAGAAAAAAUUUUACUAUUAUAUAAUAUUAUAAAGAAAAGAUUAAAAUGUCCAAUAACGGCCCCUCUAGAGCCCCUCUGGUGUGACACGGAAGUGCAUGCCACUGUUAACAUAUUACUUCUGUUUUUUGUGUUUAGUCCCAAAAUCCUAAAUGAAAAUGGCUUUUUGCAAAGAAUUCCAUAAAUAUGGGUCGUGUUAAAUGGAAACACAAAAGAUAAGUUGCAUUCCAAGAGUUUAAAACCACACUGGUGUUGACUUUUUCAAAUGUAAAUUCACAUUGUGGGUGUUCAUUUAUGUCUUUUAUUUCAGAAAGUAAAUCCUAGUAGACUAGGAAACCUCUUUGUAGCACAUUAUGUUUGGCAGUUCAACUCUUCCAUAUGCUGCCAUUGUGCCUGUGUACCAAAACAAACUGUAAACAGGAGAUGAAUCACUUAAUUUCACCAAAGGAAUUUCCCAGGAAAAAGCUAGCAGAGAAACUGAACCUUGUUUACAAGAUCAAAUGGAAAUGCUUCGAUGGUAGAAUCACUGUUGUGUUAUAUUAACUGGAGUAUUUGAAAAUGUAGAGACAUAGUGUAAGAACACACCGGGAAAGUCAUAUAAUGCAGCCCCCUAAUUUCCCUGGCAGAAUGAGACACUGUACACUACUGUUGGAUCUUUUCCUUCCUCUUCUGCCCCAGAUGUCCGUUGCAGCGGAGAGCUAUGCAUCCCUCUUAUCUCUGAGUCAUUAACUGAUAAAACCUCCACACAGCAGUCAGCACACAUAACAUCACCUCGUUACAAAAGUAGAGCCACAAUACUGCUAUUGACAAGGAAGUCAGCUCUUGUGCAGUAAUUCACUGUGAACACAGGCCUGACUCAAAGGUGCCAUGUUGACUUGGAAAUACUGUACUGUGGUGGAAAGGAAAGAGUCGACACCCCUGCUGGCUAUUUCUGGGAAAAUCCCCUUCAUUUUCCCAUUGUUAAAUGUAACUGAAGUUCCGAUUAAUGGAGUGCAUAACAUGCUGAAAAUACGCACGGGUAUCCAUUGUGAUCUGAUAGUUUAAAUGUAAAAUACAAUAUUAGAUUGUGGGAUCAGAAAGAAUCCAUUAGCAGACGUUAUAGGUGCGUUAGAGGCUGUGGCAAUCAUGGCCCCGGGCAGGGGCCUCCUGACGCACUGACUUUGAGUUUGGGAAUCUUGUUGCGUUUUCCUCAGAGGAAACUUAUUGUUGUCUGUUACAUGCAGAGGUUCAAAUGAAUACAGCAGCUCAGCUAUACUGCCGAGAGCUGAUGGAGACUUUAUUAGUUCAAUUCAUUUUUCUGGACAGGUUGAAGAGGGAGUUAUUAGAGAGAGAGAAAAGUGGAACUGUGAACUGUUUUCAAAACGUCAGUCUCCUACACGCCUGUUGUUUUGCGGCAGAAGCUGUAGAAUCAUUCAUUAUGACGAAACGGGAGGUUUCUGAUGCUGGUUUCCCAAAAUGUGACCUUCAGAAAUGCAAGGCGCAACAUCCCUCUAGUUCCAGACUGCAGAUGGAACAGACAGCUGCUGCCUGGCAGUGUCGGCCGCGGGACUGGCAUCCUCCCCCGCGUCUCUCCUCCCUCUGUGGUGCAUGGCGAGUAACCAGGACACCAAACCGCCCUGGCCAACACCAAAAUAGAGCCUACAGAUUCACUUUCAACAAAAUAAGAACACACUGGAUUUACAGGAUGAAAUCCCCCAGGCGGCGUGUUCCUCUUUCCCACAGAGCCUAUUUUGGUUUGGGACUAUUUUAAGUGUGUCCGUUAUUUUGCUUUGGCAUGUUGAGCAGCUCCUCUAAACUUUCAGCUGAGGUGAAGGCAGGCAGUCAUGUCAGGAUACUGAGGUAGAAAACCAUAUACUGUAUAUGUUUAUCCUUCAAAUGUACCUAUUUUUAAUACUUGACUAGACCACAACAGACUAAUGCAUCCACAAGCACUGGAACAGAAAGUGUUACAAUUAUUUUAUUAGAGAUUAUUUAAAAAGGUAAAAUUAUAUUUCCACUGUUUUUCACUGUGGCCAGCAGGGGGGGCUGCAGCUCCUAUACCCCCCACCCCCCAGCGCCAAUGCUCUCCAGCCAUGACAAAAUAAGUUCAGGUUCAGCAGCACUGACAGUCAUGGUUGAACUGCAAAAUGUGGCUCAAAAAUAUGCAAAAUGAUUACUGCUGCUCCCCUGCCCAGGGGCCCUUUUACAUAGCCUGUCUGUGCCAAGGGGCCCAUUAUCUCAUAAUCUGUCCAUGUGUGCUUAAACAUGUGUAGGACUGCAAUAAUUAUUUUCUUAAGAGAUUCAUUUCUAAAUCAGUUUUAGAUUGAUUGUUUAGUCUAUAAAAUGUAAAAGAAAAAAAGAACUUGAAUUUGAAGACACAAACUGUCCAAAGACUUUACAUUGACAGUGUAAAACAGAGAAAAACAGCAAAUCCUCACAUUUGAGAAGCUGGAGCCACAGAAUGUUUGGUGUCAUUUUUGCUUGAUAAAUUAUUUGAAUUAUUAACUGAAAUCACCUAAAUUGUUGUUGAUUAAUAUUGUCUGACUUAUCGAUUAUUGACUAAUUGUUUCAGCACUAUAUCUACACAGUAUGUUAAAACAUGAAAAUGGUCAGAUACAUAAAAAUGCAAAAACCAUGGAAAAUUUCACCACAAAUUAUACAAAAGUCAAUAUAGUCCAGUAAAAUUAUAACCGCUUCACUACCUCUGCUUUCCCGUUGAUAGAAAAUAAGUGUUCUCCUGCACACAGCCUCCCCCACUCUGCAUGCCAGCAUGCAUUGUGUAUGUGCUUUGCAAAGGUAAACUCUGAAGUCCUGCCGCCUGUCCUACCAGUUUGAUAAUGGGCUUCUUUUCCUGGCUGUCUGCGUUGAUGAACAAUAUGCAAUGUAUGCAGCUGGGAAGAACCAGGUGAAACAAUGGACAUCCUCAUAUAGCCCUAGAGGCUACUGUUAGCGGCUAAGCUACACACUUUUAGCAAAAACAACCACUGAAAUACUCCUGCAAAACUAAUGACCUUCCCAUCAGCCUAAUGUGUUUGUGCUAAUUAGCAAAUGUUGCUAAAAUGUUGGUAAUUUAAUUAGCUAAUGUUAGCCUGCUAACAUGCUUAACUAAGAUAGCGGCCAUGGUAAACAUUAUACCUGCGAAACAUAAGCAUGUUACAUUCUCAUUGUGAGCAUGUUAGCAUGUUGAUAGCAUUUAGCUCAGAGCACCACUGUGCCUUAUAUUCUCUUUCAGAGCUGCUAGCUGUAGACUGAUUAAAAACUCUUAGUCUUGCUAAAAUGUGGAGGAAUAGAUAGUGACCUGUGUUGUGUGUACAUAUUGGGGAGUCAUUUAGCCUGACGAAAUGCCGCACACUGAGCUGUUGAUGCUCCCCGCCGGCUCUGCCCCAGGAGAGCCUGGAGACACAAAACAUACGGAGCACACAGAGAAAAUAUUGCAUGGCAAAUAUUAUGACACACCAACUCAUGGAAAUAAGGGUGAAAUCCUCAGAAUUUCCCUCUUGGUCUGCAUCAUUUUGUUGCCACAAAAGACCCAAUGUGUGUGAAAGUGAAGCAUACUCAGCCUAGGGAGUGAUAUCAAAUACUUGUGUCACCUAAAUCUACUGUAAAUACCAAAUAAUGAUUUAAUCUUGCAUAUUCAAAGGUUCAGGCUUUAAAAUUCUUUUCUAUUGUUUUGAAACCAUUUUGUUGUAUUGCCCUGGUUUAGUCAGUCAGGUGCAUGAAAAAAAACAUUCACGCUGAUGUAAACAUUUAAACCGCUCUUUGACUCUUUUAUCAACAGAAAAAAUACUUUUUAAGUGCUUUGCCUCUUGCUUUACAGUCAGUCGAAUACAAAAGAUAUAAUAAAUAAAUAAUAAUAUAAACAAGCUGGCUUUGUUAAUAUUUGCUCAUUACCAUUCGUGCAGGCUACAACAAAACUGCCAUAACAGCAAUGUAAUUUUUGUUAAUUCUUGUUAAUUAUUUUAGCCUCUGAUGCUCUGUAAUGCUCUCAGUGUGUUUUCUGCAAAUACAAAUUAGCAAUGUCUCACCACUUGCUGUUCCUGUGUUGCUGCACUUUCACCACAUGCCAACAUACCGUGUAUAAAUCUGUCAUAGUGAUGGGAAGCUGAAAGCACUCAACAAAAAGUAAUAUGUAUAACCAGCUGUCCAUUGUGCACCCUGUAAGCUCCUGAACUUAGUGUCGCUGUUUUGUGGCUGCGGUGGGUUACUAUUUAACUAACUAAUGUUUUUGUGUCAAUAUUUCUCCACUGGGUGAAAAAGGUGACCGCCAUUGCGAUUCAGUUCAUACAGACAGCAUGUGAAAUUUGCAGCCUUUCAACUGGGAGUACGUUAAGCAUGCAUGAUCAUAGUAACAUUUGCAAUAGUGUUAGGAUCUCUGUUUGAAAGUAUCACACCAAAGUGCAUGCAAAUCCAAGUAAGCAUAAAAUGUGCCACUUUAAUGUUUAGCUAGUUUAUCUUACUGGUGUCGUUGUCGUUAUGAAAUCAUGUGUGUCAAAAUGUAACCAGGUUCAAUCUUUAUCAUGUCAGCAUCACACAGUAUGGGAAACUCAUGUAAAUUUCCAUUGACACUACUCACAUUUUAACGAACUACAGGAGUCACAAACAGGAGGCAAAACACUGUGAGGUUCAGCCAGGAAGCAAUUAAAAAGUCGGAUGGGAGCUUCGUUAUAAUGCCAGACACAAAUUGUUUAGCAAAGCAUGCCUACAGCUAUUCUUCCGUCUCCUUUAAACACAAGGUUGAGAUGACUCAUUUGUUUUUAGUUUGCUCAAAGUCUUUUAUACAAAUGUCAGCACAUCAAUUUGAGUAGAAAAUUGCACAAUAAUAUCCUUUUAUGCAAAAGGGUCUCGUAUUUUUUGAAAAAGAAUAAUUUUUGGCAGGAGGCUUCAAAGCCUAUUGUCAACUGUCUGACCUGAGACGCAAACACAAGAAGAAGCUUUGGUACAUCCUGAGCUGUUACUUCUUUACUGCUUGGUAAAGGUUUUAUUUAUGCCAAAGUCUGAUGCCAAAGCUCAAACUGAAACAAAAACAGACUAUCGUACAAACAAGCUGCAUGAAAACUCCUGCAGCUACAAAUCAAAAUGUGGAUACAAUAUAUGCUUUCAAAUUUGGAUGAUGAAUGGGGGCUCUGGGAGGAGUGACAUGCUGCUUCCCAGUCUCUGUUCCAUGGUCCCGAUGCUUCCAACCCCUAAUCUUGACUGCAGAUGCAAAUAGUCUAAAAAACGUCCCUACCAAACAUUUGCAUUUAAACAAAUAGAUAAAGGUCAUUUUGAAAAGCUGCCUCCUCAUGACUGCAGUGUGAGGUGGCAUGUUCCCUGUGUCCCUGCCCUCCUGACAAUGUAGUUAAAGCUCCCAUCGUGGCACGCCACUCAGUAUGGUGCUGCACACUGGGAUUUAGCUCCUGUAGGCAAAUACAGCAGAGGGAGAACAGAAAGGCCUCUGUGUGUGUGUGUGUGUGUGUGUGUGUGUGCGUGCAUGCGUGUGUGUGUGUGUGUCAGACUGCUCAACAGCAUCAUGGAUACAGAAUAUUCUAAGAGAGUGUACCAAGGCGUUCGAGUCAAGCACACAGUCAAAGACCUGCUGGCGGAGAAGCGAUCCCGACAGACAAAUGGGCCCAGAUACAGUGGAGGAUCGACCACUCCACCUUCAUUUGUCCAGAUGCCAGGGUCUCACAUGCUGAACAGCUACUACAGCAUGAGGCGUCCCUUCAUCUCGGAGUCAGACUUCUGUCCGUCCACCAAGCAGUUCUCCCCUGACAUCUAUUCGUCCACUCUGGGUGGUAAACCUCUGGGCUGCGAGCCCUCGGCCAUGACCAGCUACUCCUCCAUCAUUGACGGCUACUACCCAGACACCUUCGGUGAAUACCGCAGCACCGCCUUCUCCAGCUCCGCAGGAUCCUUCCUGCCCUCAUCAGCUCUCUCAUCCCUGCUGCCUCCCUUUGGUGGAGAGUCCUCGCAUUUAUUUCUGCCUCAGAGAGACUCAUGGGAGCAGUCAGUUCCAGAGCCAGUAUCCCAGGUGGAGGCUCUGUGUCCAGACAGCCUGGCCUCCGUCAACGUCCCGCCCCCCAUGCCCAGCCCAGAACACCCAGGGAGCCCCUCCCAGUACCGCUCCCCCAGCCGAGGCUCCUCCAUGGGCCCCGUGUCCAGCAGCCAGCCCUACACCCUGCACUCCCUGGAGGACGCCCACUACCACCCCUUAACCACCAGCAGCUCCUACCCAGUCGCCUCCACCUCCUUCCCCUGCCCUCCCUACGUGAGCAGCCCCGUCAGCGACCUGGUGUCCAAGAUGGUGACAGAGGAGGCAGCCGACAGCCACGCCAGCCUCCCUGCCAGCGGCGAGGCUCACUCCUGCUGGGCCAAAGAGGACGGAGUGAGCUCCUGGUCGCCCUACGAGAUCAGGAGGGCCUACUGACUGGAUGACGGGCCUGAGGUUCAGAAUUCAUAAGAAUAUGGAGGUUUCACAAACAAUUAAACAAUGAACUCAACAAGCACUUUACAGUACAGGGAAAACGCAGUCAAACAGCUGUGAAGUGUUUUGUUGAAAGGACUAUUUCAGUGCAUUUACGAAGAAAAGAUUCAAGUUUGAAUAUGUUGGUAGGAGUGUUGUAGCCUAUGUUGACCAAGGUGCCCAUGUCACAGCCUGAUUUGAUGGGAAAUUCCUACUUUUUUGUAAAACGUGUGUCUUUUUUGUUUGAUUUGUAUGAAAAGAGUGACCAGCAUGGACUGAAAAAUUACACCAUUAGCCAUAAAACUGAAAAACAAACAAACAAAAAAAAGAUGUAGUGAUGUAGUGAAGUUAAAAUAGGGUUGUCACUUGUAUGUUAUAUAAUGUGAGGACUUGUGCUUGUUAUGAAAAAACUAUGUAAACAUGCUACAUCUUAAGACCUUUAAACGUACAACUUCUGCAGUUGCCAGGGGGAACAGGGUAAGACUGUGGAGUGGCUCAACUAAUAUGUACAGUACAUAUGUCCACGUAUUUGUGUUUAAGUGAAAAUAAACACACAAGUAGGAUUUCAAAA